AAACCCGAACUCCCACACCACGAAUCUUAGCAAGAAAGUAAGGUUUUGAGAGGAUUUGAAGUCAAGGAGCUUCCCAUUUCCAAGAGAUUGGAGGAAGGAGACCCCCCACCAUCAAUUCCACCAUAGGGAGUUCUAGUUUUUAUGCUCACGCGCUCAAGUCGUUUACCCCUUGAGCCGAUUAAUUUAGAGAUAGAAGCCGCCAAUAGAAGAAGAGGAGGACGAAGGAGAAGAGCAAGAGCUCAACAUCAAGUUGAGCCAAUGGAAAAUCCACAUGGGAACAAUGAGGGAAUUCUCCCUCCACCUCCACCUCUAUUAAAUCAAGACCAAAUCAUUCUCCAACUACAACAAGAAAUGGCGGAGAUGAGAAGGGAAAGAGAGGAGGAAAGGAGGCGAGAGGCUCCGGUUAGAGACGCAUUUGGGAACGUCAAUAUCCCACAUCCACCCUAUGAUACAAGGGUGAAUGCCAACAAUUUUGAGUUGAAGACAGGAUUGAUUCAAUUUGUGGAGCAACGUGUUUUCUCGGGAAGGCCCACGGAGGAUCCUAAUAGGCACUUAUCUAAAUUCUUAGAGAUUGCCAAUACAACUAAGCUUAAUGGGGUUCCCGACGAUACAAUCAAACUUAGGCUAUUUCCAUUCUCAUUGUCGGGAUAUGCUAGAGAUUGGUUUGAUAACCUUGAGCCGGGCUCGGUUACAAGUUGGGACGACUUAGCCCAAAAGUUUUUGGAUCGAUUCUUCCCUCUAAGCUCCACUCUCAACCUCCAAGCAGAGAUCUCCCACUUUAAAAUGAAGGGCCAAGAGUCUAUGUUCGAGGCUUGGGAGAGAUUCAACGCCUUGCUAAAGAAAUGCCCCAACCAUGGGUUAUCUCCGGGCCAUCAAGUGAGCCUCUUCUACAAUGGAUGCUCGGAGUUUAUCAAGAGUCAAUUAGACUUUGGUUCGGGGGGUUCAUUCUUGGACAAGGGGGUCGAGGAGUGCAAGAAGAUGCUUCAAAGGCUUGCCUAUACUAGCAAGGGUUGGAGCUCGGGCCGAGAUAGUUCAAUGCCGGUGGCUUCGGUUGUGGAUUCGGAUGCAUUCAAUCUUCUCAACCAACAAAUGAUGUUGUUGAAUCAAAAGGUGGAUGGCCUUAGUUUGGGAGUGGCACCUAUGGGAGAGCCUUUACAUACCGUGGAAGAUGUCAAUUAUGUGCAUCAAGGAGGGAAUCAAAGGAACUUCUACAACUAUCGCCCUAACAAUGGGGGUGGUAAUUACCAAGGCUAUCGCUCACCCUUCAAUGCACAUCCAAACCUUUCUUAUGGCAAUCCAAACAAUGCUAUCCAACCACCUCCACCACCUCGUUUCCCUACACCUAGUGGGUCGACAAGUGGGGCCGCUAAUGUGCCCACCAAUUCUAAACCUUCAAGUGAUGAUGUCACCCAUGAGCUUCUAAAAGCUCUAAUGGAGAAGACCGAUGGAAUCAUGACACAAUCUACUAAGAGAAUUGAUAAGGUUGAGACGGCGGUAGUGGAGGUCACCACGAGAAUGGGGGCUUUGGAGCAUCAAAUGAGUCAAAUUGCCCAAGCCGUGGGCCAACUUCAUCAACCGGGGCAAUUCCCAAGCAACACCAUUCCUAACCCAAAGGAUUGCAAGGCUAUCAAUUUGAGGAGUGGAACAAGCUAUAAGAGCCCCCCUAUGCCCGAAAAGGAAGCUAUUGUGCAACCCGAAGAAGAAGAGACAAUAGAAGUGGAGGCAUCAACGAAGAGCCCACCAAAAGAUCAAGCCGAGACAAUAGUUCCUCCUAAGCCCACGGAAGUUAAACUUCCUUUCCCUCAAAUGAUGCAAAAGAAAAAGAAGGAUGAACAAUUUUCAAGAUUUUUGGAUAUCUUUAGGAAAGUUCAAAUUAACAUCCCUCUUGUUGAAGCACUUCAACAAAUGCCAAGUUAUGCAAAGUUCCUCAAGGAUGUGGUAUCACAAAAAAGGAAAUGGGGGCACUAUGAGACGGUCAACUUGACGGAGAGUUGCAGUGCAAUUAUUCAAAGGAAGUUGCCGGCCAAAAUGCAAGAUCCGGGAAGCUUCACUAUUGAGUGCACUAUUGGAAAUUGCUUUGUGGGGAAUGCCUUGUGCGAUCUAGGGGCUAGCAUUAAUCUUAUGCCAUUGUCCUUCUUCAACAAGUUGAAUAUUGGUAAAUUGAGAUCGACUAGCAUUACUUUGCAAAUGGCGGAUAGAUCGGUGGCAUAUCCCUCGGGCAUAGCAGAAGAUAUAUUGGUGAGGGUGAAUGAGUUCAUAUUCCCCGUUGACUUCGUGGUGUUGGACAUGGAAGAGGAUAGAAUUGUACCUCUUAUUUUGGGAAGACCGUUCCUUGCCACCGGGAAGGCCAUGAUCGAUGUUUCAAAAGGGGAACUUACACUUCGCCUCAAUGAUGAGAGCGUGACAUUUUCGAUAUAUGAGGCCUUAAAGAGGCAUGAUGCGGAACCGGGAGGAAGCCUACAACAUUGCAAUGUUGUGACCGUGAUGGAUGAGUGUGUUGGAGGAGUGGCACCGACCUCUUACUUGGAUGAUCAAUUAGAGAGAUGCAUUUCUCAUUCCAUGUAUUCUUCUCAUUCUUUUGAUGUUUUGGAUGCUAACCCCGAGUUGUUGGAAUUUGUAGGUGCUUUGGACUCGGCUAAAGAAAUCCCUAGAUCACUUCGUCCACAAUUUCUACCUCUUAGGAGUGGAAGUGAAGAUAGCAAUAAAGAUGGGGAAAACAAGAAGCUUGAGUUGAAGCCACUUCCACUACACUUGCGAUAUGCCUUUCUUGGAGGGAAUGACACUUUUCCGGCAUUUGAGAAGCUCAAGGCGGCGUUGGUGAGUGCCCCAAUCUUGAUCUCCCCCGAUUGGUCUCAACCUUUCGAGAUCAUGUGUGAUGCAAGUGAUGUGGCGGUAGGCUCGGCUUUGGGACAAAAGAGAGACAAGAUAUUCCGGGUGAUAUAUUAUGCUAGUAGGACAUUGGAUUCGGCUCAAGCUAACUACACCACUACCGAGAAGGAAAUGCUUGCGGUGGUCUACUCUUUUGACAAGUUCCGCCCUUACCUUAUUGGGGCCAAAACUAUUGUCUUUACUGACCAUGCCGCCAUCCGCCAUCUAUUUGUUAAGCAAGAUGCAAAACCAAGGCUUAUAAGGUGGAUCUUGCUCCUUCAAGAAUUUGAUUUGGAGAUCCGAGAUAGAAAAGGGUGUGAGAAUGUGGUGGCGGAUCAUCUCUCAAGAUUGGAGCAUGCUAGUGAAGAGGAAAAAUUGAAGUUGGUCAUCAAUGAAGAAUUCCCGGAUGAGCAUUUGUUUUAUGUGGCCAAGGGUCAAGUGGCAUGGUAUGCCAAUAUUGUGAACUAUCUUGUUGCUAAGGUGAUUCCCGAAGGACUUGAGGACUAUCAAAAGAAGAAGUUCUUCCACGACGUGAAGUUCUAUUUUUGGGACGAGCCUUGUCUUUUUAGAAGAUGUGCCGACAUGGUGAUUAGAAGAUGUGUCCCUCAAGAGGAGUGGGAGUCCGUUAUUAUGCAUUGCCACACCGCACCUAGUGGGGGGCAUUUUGGAGCUAACCGGACUGCUAUGAAAGUGCUCCAAAGUGGUCUAUUUUGGCCAACCAUCACCAAAGACUGCCAGGACUACGUGAGAAGAUGCAACGAGUGCCAGAGAAUGGGGGGUGUUUCUAAGAAGAAGGAGAUGCCAUUGACGACAAUUGUUGAAGUCGAGUUGUUUGAUGUGUGGGGCAUUGACUUCAUGGGGCCCUUUCCUCCAUCUAGUGGGUUCCAAUACAUUCUACUAGCCGUUGACUAUGUAUCAAGGUGGGUGGAAGCCAUUCCUACCCAAACUAAUGAUUCAAAGGUGGUGAUUAAAUUCGUUCAAAAGAACAUAUUCACACGAUUCGGCGCACCUCGGGCUAUCAUAAGUGAUGGAGGGUCUCAUUUUCGCAAUAGGUGGCUAGAGGCGGUCUUAGCAAGGCAUGGAGUGAAGCAUCGGGUGACAACUCCUUAUCAUCCACAAGCUAAUGGUCAAACCGAGUUGGCCAAUAGAGAGAUCAAACAAAUAUUGCAAAAGAGUGUCAAUGCUAACCGUAGAGAUUGGGCUCUCAAGCUUGACGAUGCUCUAUGGGCGUAUAGGACGGCUUACAAGACGCCAAUCGGGAUGUCACCUUAUCAAUUGGUCUUUGGGAAAUCAUGCCAUCUCCCGGUUGAAUUGAAGCACUCAUCAUAUUGGGCGGUGAGGCAAAUGAACAUGGACUUCACCAAGGCCGGCAAGGAAAGGAAGCUUCACCUCAAUUUACUUGAUGAAUUUAGGAAUGAAGCUUAUGCUAAUUCCUCAAUCUACAAGGAGAGGAUGAAGACGUAUCACGACAAGAUGAUUGAGAGGCGUGAAUUCCACAAGGGGGAUGCCGUGUUGCUUUUCAACCACAAGUUGAGACUCUUUCCGGGCAAGCUAAAAUCUAAGUGGUCGGGACCCUUCACUAUCAAGGAGGUCAUGAGCAAUGGCACAAUGGAGCUCAAAGGACCCGAUGGAAGCACGUUCAAGGCAAAUGGUCAAAAUCUCAAGAGGUUCUUUACCAAGGAGCAACAAGACGAGGCCUUUGUGGUUGCCUUGAUUGAGUAGUGGAGCUUGCAAAGCGUCGGGCAAAUGACGUUAAACAAUUGCGCUAUGGGGGAGGCAACCCCUAGUAGGUAAAAUUUAUAGCUUUUGUGUUUUUGGUGUGUUUUUAUUUUGUUCUUGUUUUUGGUGUGUUUUGUGUGUUUUAAGUGGAACAGGAGAUAGGCUUUGAUGGG